UAAAUACUUAAUAUAGGAUAAGAUACGAACAAGAGACUCGAAUUCUCUUCCUCUCUCUCGUCCACUCACCUAUUGUGCAUGUAUCGAUCUCAUCAUAACCAUGACCAACACAUUUUCCUCUAGCAACGAAGCAAAACCAAUUAGAUGCAAAGCAGAAAUAUGUAGAAACGCAGGAGAAGCUCUAGUGAUAGAAGACAUCUACGUGGAUCCACCUCAAGCUUACGAAGUUAGGAUUAAGAUUCUAUGCACGUCUCUGUGUCACACUGAUCUUAGUUUCUGGAAACUGGACUUUGGACCGCUUUCAAGAUUUCCUAGGAUUCUAGGCCACGAAGCAGUCGGUGUGGUCGAGAGCAUUGGCGAAAACGUGGAUGGAUUUAAACAAGGCGACGUCGUUUUGCCAGUGUUUCUACCUUUCUGUGAAGAUUGCAGAGACUGCAAGUCUUCAAAAACAAACUGGUGUGAGAGAUAUGCCGACGAUUUCGUAUCAAACACAAGAAGAUAUGGAAUGAGUUCUAGAUUCAAAGACUCUUCAGCAGUGCCGGCUUGAGCAUUAUAGAGACCCCGGGGCAAAAAACAGAACAGAACAUCUAUUACACAUAAAAAAAAGUUGUUCACAAAAGGAUAGCAAAAAAUAAAAGAACGUUUACAAAAAGAAAGCAACAACAAUGUCAUUUUGCAAUUUUUCCUCCAACAGAUGUAAAUAAACAGUCACACAAAAAAGAUAAAUUUCCAGUGUGCUCUCCUUUCCUUGCUUUUCUUGUAACUUUGUGCUCUUCUCUGCUUCUAGCUGGCCUUGUAAGCUUGUUUUAUCCUUUCCAUCUCCAUAUAUAUAAACUUUCACAUC